AAAAAAUGACCAAGUGUUAUUAUUUUUCAUCCUUCUUGAGUGUUACCCUGAGGCCAGAUCCCACUUGUCUUCAGUCUUCUCAGCAACCCUUCUACACUUAGAAUGACCACUCCCUAUAUCAUCCUCCUUCUAAAUGUAGAAACUUUUGACAGCAAGAGCAUGGAAUAGGCCAUUUUUCCUUUUUAUCUAGGAGGCUCUAUUUAGACUGCUGAAUGGAACUAAAUUAUCUAAUCUGGACUUCGGCGUAGUGCUUGGAAUGGAUACCACUGAUGCUGCCAGCCUUUCCAAAAUAGGUUGACUACAUCCUCAUGAAGGUCAUAUGAUCGCUGGGUGAAAUUCCUGUCCUUGCCUGCUCUUGCUGCUGCUGCUGCUGCUGCUGACACCACCACCUCCACCACCGAAGUCAUCAUGGAGCUGGUCCCCUGGCACCUUCCUGCCCUGCCGCUGCUGCUGCUGCUGCUGCUGAAUCUGAGCCCCGGCCUUGCUCUAGUUCAGCAAGUCGAGGAAGGCAAGGAAGCCUGGGACUAUGUGACAGUCCGGACAAAUGCAUCCAUGUUCUGGUGGCUUUACUAUGCCAAGAGUCCUUGCAAAAACUUCACCGAACUGCCCCUGAUUAUGUGGCUUCAGGGAGGUCCAGGAGGUUCCAGCACUGGAUUUGGAAACUUUGAUGAGAUUGGACCCCUCGACGAGGAGCUCAAACCAAGGAAAACUACCUGGCUACAAUCAGCCAGCCUUCUGUUUGUGGAUAACCCAGUGGGCACUGGAUUUAGCUUUGUAAAUCAGAGUGAUGCAUAUGCCCGAGAUCUUGACAUGGUGGCUUCUGACAUGAUGGUUCUUCUAAAAAGCUUUUUUAAUUCUCGGCCAGAAUUUGAGACUGUUCCAUUCUACAUUUUCUCAGAAUCCUAUGGAGGGAAGAUGGCUGCUGGGAUUUCUCGAGAGCUUUACAAGGCUAUCCAAAAUGGGAGUAUAAAAUGCAAAUUCUCUGGUGUUGCCCUGGGGGAUUCCUGGAUUUCUCCUAUAGAUUCUGUUCUUUCCUGGGGACCUUAUCUAUAUAGCAUGUCUCUUCUGGAUGACAAAAGUCUAUCAGAGGUGUCAAAAGUUGCAGAGAAAAUUAUAAACGCUAUGAAUAUGGGACUCUAUGAUUGGGCUACCGAGCUGUGGGGAAAAGCAGAAAUGCUUGUGGAGCAGGAUACAGAUGGAGUGAACUUUUACAACAUUUUAAAUAAAAGUCCUCCCGAGUCAACAAUGAAGAGUAGCCUAGAAUUCACACAGCGUCAUCUAUCUGAGCUUUAUCACCGCCAUGUGAGAAAACUGCACCAGGAUAAGUUAAGUUCACUUAUGAACGGACCCAUCAGAAAGAAGCUCAAAAUCAUUCCAGAUUUCGUCACCUGGGGAGAUCAGUCACAUUUAGUUUUUAUGAACAUGCAGAAGGACUUCAUGAAACCUGUGAUUAACAUUGUAGAUGACAUGCUGACAGCUGGCAUUAACGUCACAAUUUACAAUGGACAAUUAGACCUUAUAGUGGACACCAUAGGCCAGGAGGCGUGGCUGCGCAAACUCAAGUGGCCCGAGCUGGCUCGCUUCAAUGAGGAGAAACGGAAGCCUCUGUAUGUUAAUCCGGGGUCUUAUGAGACGGCUGCCUUCUAUAAGUCCUACAAGAACCUUGCUUUCUACUGGAUUCUCAAGGCUGGCCACAUGGUUCCAUCCGACCAAGGGGAAAUGGCCCUAAAAAUGAUGAGGAUGGUGACUGGACAAGAAGAGAGUUGAGAUGGAAGUCAGCUGGCCUGGUCUCUACAGAAGCUCAGUACAAUUUCAAGGUCAUUGACAGUGCCAAGAGUACAUUGUUCAUUUGGACACAGAAUGACCACUGAGGUGCUGGGAUUUUUAAAGAACAAAAAGUGAACUCUUUAUGAUCAGUGAAGCUUUGCGUCAAUGUACAGUUCUUCCUAAAUUGCACAUUUUGCUGUGACAGAGGGCCUCUUCUUAAAGGGCCUAUGGUUUGAGGUUUGGGGUUUUGUUUCUUUUGGGGCCUUUGUGGGAAUUAUAAAUCCCCUCUUCUGGGAACGCCUAUGUGGGAAUGCCUAUGACCUUUUUUAUGAACAAGUUUUCACCAGGUGGAGCUUUCAAGUCCUUUUAUGCUUCUCUUUAAUGUAGUCAAUCCUAGAAUUAUUUGACAUCUUAGUUAGAAGAAUUCCAAAUUUCUUCCAUGUUCACUUUGUUUGAUAUAGUGAAUGUGGAAAAAAUCUGGAGUCAGCUUUUCAGUCCCAAACCCUCCUGAGGCUUUUGUUUACACUUAAAAAAAAAAUCAGCUGGUACUGGUUGCAUGUACUCACUGACUUGCAAUCCAAUAAGCAUUUAUUAAGUGCCUACUCUAUGCAAACCACUAUCUGAUGUUAGCAAAUUGCCUACGAGAACCUGAAGAAAGAGAGCAGGCUCUCUUACUUCCUCUUGUCUAUUGAAGAGAGUUUUAAUUUUGAUACCAGUGAACCAUCAUUAGACUGAGAUUCAGCCUCUCUUGCUACCUCCUCCUGCCUGUCUAUCCUCUUGACUCAUCAGGACUGACAGCACCAUAAACCCUCAUCAGAUCUAACUCUUUUGUAUGCCGAUCAUUAAAAAUAAAAAUGUUUCCUCCUUUCACAA